AAAAUUUGUUGCAGGGCACAUAUUUGAUAGUUUGUCUAAAGUUGUGUAUGCGUUUGGAAUGAAACAUAUGGAUAUACGAAUUUUCCCACAGGGUGGUGUCAUAUGAGUGUGCCAUUACGACGUCAACUACAUACGCCCUUAUUCUAAAUACAUGCGAUACGUUGCGGCCAUUGAUGGUACCAAGACACCGUCAAAAAAACUGUUUUCGGUAGGAUUUUGCAGUUAACACCUGCCAUAGGAGAUAUCUCAGAACUCUUUAUCCGUAGCAGGGGUGAUAGGAGACAAGAAGAUUUCUGAAGCACCAGCGACUUCCCCCCGAAGGAGCCUGUUGUUGGAACCAACGGAAAGUACCAAAUCUUGAUUAAGGUCACCUAUUUGAGCUGUCCUCCUCGACAGCAGACCCCAGUGUCUUCUAGCUGGUGUCUGGUGUGCCGUGCUUUCGCCUGAGUGACGUCACCAUGCCGGUAUACGCAGCCAAGAGACACGACCCACCAAUGGAUAUGUGGGACGACUCGGAGUAUUCGCAGCAUUCUCAAGCUUCCAAUCAUAUGGGAAUGCCAAAUGGGUAUGGAAAACAGAACGGCUAUGUUCCAAACGGGUAUGUCUCAAAUGGACCCACAAAGGGAGCAGUGUCUGCAAAAGAUAUUUAUGCACGGCGGAAACAGUACACAGACGCAAGGCUAAGAGUUCAUAAACCUAGAAGGAAUGCGACAGGUAAUGAGGGUCCGGAGAUGCCAAUGUUCCCAGUUGAGCAUUUGGCUACCUUCUCCGUUGAUCGAAAAGACGCUGUCUUGACGGUAGAAGAUAGUAUCCGCAAACUCAAAUUAAUGGACGCCAAGGGAAAAAUAUGGAGCCAAGAAAUGACAUUACAGAUUACAGACAGGGAGAUUAUUCUUGUGGACAAUGAGACACAGGAAACGUUAGAAAAUUUCCCCUUGAACACAAUCAUCAUGACAACGGCGGUGAUAAACGAGUGUAAUUACAACAGCGUGCUUGUGUUUUCUUGUAAAGAUCACUCACAGAAAACACCGGAUAUGCACCUUUUCCAGUGUGAUCAUAUCCAGGCUGAUGUUAUUGCUGCUGAACUACAGAGCUCGAUGGAAUAUGCAACGGGUAAAAAUAAGCAAAAGAGAAAGAAACCGCAAUAUGGCAGACCAGUCCCUGCCGUUGUAUCGAACCACCAAUCGUAUCAACCAAACAUGAGACAGGCCUCGCAUACGAGACGUGAAGAGAUGAUGAUUCCACCCCCUCCCAAUGAGCCAGCUCCUAGUCCACCAGAUGAGUCCGGUAACGUACGCAGUAAAGUAUUAAUGUACUCCCAGGCACAAGCCCAGGCACAGAAAGUUAAUGGCAAUUCUCAGGGGAAUCCAAUGCGUGCAUCUGGUCUUGUACGGCAAAUGUCGGUGAGUCCAAGGGGUCCUCAUGAUGAAGACUCUGUUGAGAUGUUAGCAAUGAGAACGGAACGUGAUGUGGAGAUACUGAACCAUUGCUUUAGUGACGUUGAGGCCUUCGUAGCUAAACUCCAGAAAGCUGCUGAUGCUUUUAAUGAGCUAUCAAAGCGGCGAAAGACUCGAAAGAACAAGAUUAAACAACCUGGUGAUGGUGUAUUACAAGCGAGAUCCCGACCUCCUUCAGAGGAUGAAUAUGUUGACGUGUUCCAAAAAAUUAAAUAUGCAUUCAAUUUACUGGCCAAGCUGAAAGCACACAUCCAUGAUCCAAACUCUCCAGAGCUGGUACACUUUAUGUUUACUCCAUUGGAACUAAUUGUACAGAGUUGUAAUGGACCAGAGUUAGCCAGAAGUGUCCUUUCACCUUUACUUACAGUUCAGGCAGUGGAAUUGUUACGAAAUUGCCUCACAUCCAGAGAAGGUGAACUGUGGGUAUCGCUUGGAACUGCAUGGACGACUCCAAAAGCCGCCUGGCCAAAAGAUCAUUAUGUUGCACAAUAUGUACCAAAAUUUCGAGAUGGCUGGGAGCCCCCAGUGGUGCAUAGUUCACAUAUAGACUCGGCUCGUGAAGAGAUAUCUGCUGCUGUAGCUGCCAAUGCUGCCGCCAUUGCUAGAGCCGAGGAAGUCAGGAGAGCACAAAAGGAGGGUGAGGAGCAUGUGUUCCAGUUUCCUCCUCCAAGUGGAGCUAAUUACAGUGAAACUUACUAUGCACGUCACAUUGGUAAUGGUAGGACACGUAGUAAUCAAUCGUCAAGUCCAACCCCGGGACCACAUUCAGCUGAACCAGCAAGUGUUGCUGCUUUCAAAGCAAAUGUGGCUAAACAUGUUGACAGGAACAAAGAAGCCCAUGCACGAGUCAAACAACAAACUGAAAUCGACAAUGGUCGCCUUCAGUAUCAUCAACACCAACCUGUGCUGCCACCAUCAUCGCAAUAUCAACAGCACAGUCCCCCAACACAGUCUCCGAGGGAAGGGAGAGUAGUCGAUGCCAAAUAUGACUUUGUUGCUCGGAAUCAGAAAGAGCUGACAAUCAUGGCGGGUGAAGUUUUGGAGGUCGUUGAUGAUAGUCGCAUGUGGUGGUGUGUGCGCAAUUCAUCGGGACAGACUGGUUUUGUGCCAUCUACCAUAUUGGACCCAACACAUGCCAACACUGCAGCAAGUAGUAGGAUUCCCUCGCCACCACCACAGUCUCCACCACCACCGCCAUUAACGAUGGCUACUGGCAACAACCAGGAACCCGUCUAUCACCAUCAUCUACAACAAAGAGCAAUCAAUCAGACCACAGUUACUCAGAACAGAGACUCGAUGUAUUCCAGUAUGAUUCCAAAACAGCCGCCACCCCAGCAGCAGCAACAGUUACCACAGCAGCAUCCUGCUCCACCACCUCCUCCUCCACCAUUGUCUGUGCCUCCAGUACCACCACCAACAUCACACUAUGCCCAGUCUAAAAAGACUAGCAGGCAGUCUUCAAUCAAAAGAGACCAAGACAAUGCGAAUGAUUUGAAAAAUCAACUCAGGAACAGGCAAGCCUUGAGGAAGACAGACAUGGAAAUUGAAAGAGCUAAAACGACAAAUGAUUUGCAUGAAGAACUUAAGAGACGUGUGAAUCAAGGCCCAAAGAGGAAUUUCCAAGCCAGACAACGAGCUCCACCUGUGAAUAUUAAUCCUGAUUCAAACCCGGAUGAGGUCACUAACUGGUUAUUGACUAAAGGAUUCAGCAAACUGACGGUGGAUAGUCUUGGUGUACUCACAGGUGCACAACUGUUUAGCCUUACUAAAGAGGAAUUAAAACAAGUGUGUUAUGAGGAUGGAUCACGAGUGUACAGUCAACUGAUGGUCCAGAAAUCCAGGCUAGAGGAUUCGUUGAAUGGUUCGGCUGAACUUCAGGCAAUUAUGCAAAGACGCAAGGAAAGGGCCAACUCAGGCUCUGAUAUUUACGACGAUACUGGUAUUUUACAUCAACCACCGCCAGAUUUUGCCCCAGCUACCCCUCCUGGCUAUGCUCAGAACUCAUCUGGAGACAACUCGCCUGGAUGGUGAAACAUACAAUGGAUUAUAUAACUCUCAUCUUGAUUUUUAGAUACAUAAAAAUAUAUAUAUAUAUUGUAAAACAUGUAACGGAACUAUUGUAUAAACGUUGCAGGAUUUUCUCUUCACAGUUUGGACAGUGCUGCCGUUAGAUUGAAUAUAAGAUUGCGUCACCCAAUCUGUUACAUACAUACAAAACGAAUUAAAAAAACAAUCAAAUUUAUUUUUAUGAAUUCACAGUCAGGUUAAAAUUGUAAAUAGUUUUUCUUACGAUGAAGACGGAAUUUGUGCGUAACCAAUGGACUAUUUACUAUAAAGCGAAUCUACAAAACAUGUUACUGUAUAUUUCACAACUGUGUCAGUAGUUUAUCUAGCGAUGUAGAACCCUAUAAUCUGCUUGGAUGUAAACUUUGUGAAACCAAGUUUUCUUCGUGGCACUAUUGAAGAAUGUUUUCUGCCCAUACCUACAAGCUUUGUGGUAAAAGAGAGAAAAAAGGAUGCAACAGUUGAUUGGACAUCUGCUUCUCAUAUAUUUCUUUGAGACUACAAUGCCGUGUAUACAGUUUUCACCUUGAGAGGAAAACAAGUGAUUUUUUUUUGUUUUAUGAUAGACCAACUCUGUUGUAGUUUUUAGUUUCAGCAUUCUUAUUGUAUGUGAGUCAUCAAAUGUACGUUGAAAGGACGACUGAUUUCAAAUUUGUUUUUUCAUGGAGAUUACGUACAUUUGAUUAAACGAUAGAAGCAACAGAGAGCUGUAGUUUUAAUAAUAAAUUUUAUAUAUAUAUAUAUAUAUAUGUAUACUGGGAGUUAUGUGUUUCAAAAUAUGCAAUAAUCUUGUAAUCAGUCUACCCACCUGUAGUUUAAUUUUAUAGCUUUUAAUACCAUUCAUUGUAAUACCGUUCAUUUUAAUGGUACCGAUUUAGUUUAACCAUUCUUAUAUCAUUCCUAUUGAUACGCGAAAUGUUUCAACCAUAUGAUUUUAUGUACACAGAUUAUUAUCAUCAGAGUUCCUUGAUCAUAAUAACCUUUGACCUAUUAAAGUCAAGAUUUUUUUUUUAAUUUGUACAGGAUUUACUUUUGAAUAAUAUUUUUGUUUGUUUGAUAAAUGUUUUAAAAUAAUGGUAAUGUAUAUUUUUGCUACCAUUCAGGCCAAAAUAACUACUGAUAGAUUGUUGAAAACAAAGUAAUGAUUUUGAAGGUGGUUGUUUUUGCAUUUCGCGUACGUAUAUACUUUCAACAUAUUUAGAAAAACUGUUUCAGAUUAUUUACUAUUUAAUACAGGGAUGUUGGUAUCUUACCCAGGAUGAUGUAAACAGAAAUAUUUAUCCAAUUUCCUUAGCUAUUAUGCCACAGAUGUCGUGGAGAAUUGUCUGAGGAAAAUAGGUAUAGGGAUAUUUUUUUUUUUGUGGUGAUGGGACAAGCCUGUUUACCAGUCAGUAUAUCGCAGUAUUAUUCCACUUGAUGAAUGAGUAAAGUAAGCCCAAAAUAAUAUACAAAUUACAUGCAUUUAACUUGGUUUUAUAACUGCUGAGUUUUCAAGAAAAAAAAAUGACAACAAUUUGUAUUUUUAACCAUAUUGCUGCCUGCUUCAUUUAACAAUAACAUGCUAUUUACCCUAUUAUACCUCAUUUUAUUCACUAUAUCUAUCUCAAUGUCUUUUGUUUCAACCAAACAUAACAAACUAUGUACUCAGUAUUCUGGAUAAAUUACACCUGACCUGAUACUUAAAAGUUUCACCCAUUGCAAGCUGUCAAAUUUGUUGUGGUUAUCUUAGACAGACUUGUAGUACCGGGGUAUGUUGAAUUAAACCAUAAUUAGUGAUGCUACUGUAUUUAUUUUGGAGGCUACACACCAAUGCUAAACGAUAGCAGACGGUUUCCAAAUAUAAACAGGAAAUUAAAAUUUGUAUUUACAUUAACACAUCGUCUUCUGAUGCUGAGGCUUCUAGCAGUGAUGUGUUUAAGAAGAAAACAAAAAUUCAGAAUUACCACAAGAGAGAGAGAAGUGGCAAAUAAUUUGUUUUUUAUGGAAACCAUCAUGUCACCUUGAAGUGUUUUAGCAAAUGAAUCAGAUGUAGUUGUUUUCUUUUUUUAUUAGUUAUUCUUAGCAAGAUGGAAACAAGUUUACUAUUGAUUGCUUGUUUAUGUUUGGUGUGAUUUUCAUCUUUUGGGAAGGGUAGGGGAGACUGUUAAAGCUUUCUUAUAAAUAUGUAUACAUACUGUAAUUAUUAUUCAAAGUCAAAAUAACACAUUCCAUUUACACGAAUCUUUACGUUAAAUUUUACAGGAAUAGGUCAGUUACUUAUAGAAAGUAGACUAUUUGCAAGGGUUCUAUGUUGCAUCAUAUCUGAGUAUGAUAAUGUAGUUAUGAUAUAAUCACUCAAAUCAACACCCAUUUGUACCAUGCUUUGUGUGAAAUUGCUGGGUGAUCAUACCCAACAACUUCGUACAAGUUCUUAAGAUAUCCUCAGAGUAUCUAAUGCAGCUGAACACCCUGUGAAUGGUAUAUUGGAAGAAUGCUAUGUUUGUGUUUUCA